AUGCUAACAGCCGGGCGGAGGCGCCUGAGGCCGGAGCAGGUCAGGGCUCCCGCCGCGAAGUCCUUCACGCUGUGGCUCCUGGGGGCCUGGCCUGCGGAGACAGCAGACACACGGAGCGUGCUGCACGCCCAGUCGCCUCGGCUUCCCGCCUGCCAGACAGCCCUCGAGUGUCGGCGGGGAAGGGAAGUUGAGGCGGGCCAGGCUGGGAGCAGAGCGGGCCUCGAGGGCGCACAGUCCCAAGCGCGGCCACGGUCUGCAGCGCGGCCGGGCCGGAGCAGUUUGCUCGGGCGAACGUUCCUCUGGCGCCGGGAGGGCGGGCCGCGCAGGGCCUACCGGCCUGCUUCCUUCAGUUGCAGAUGUUCUGCGAGAGGGACGCCCGGCAGGCCACGCCGGAGGCCCAAGGUGAGGCAGCUCGGGCCCCGAGCUCAGGGCGCGUCGUCCCUGCCAAGAUGGCCAGGGCUGGCCCCGGCUCCAGAGCCCGCAGCCACCCUCCAGGCUGACCUCUCGGGACCCCGACGCCCAGAGCUGGCUGAAUCGGGAUCCCACCGCCCCUCGAGGGCAGAGGCGGCCCAGGCCCGGGUGAGGCGGGCAAGAAGACGCCACAGCAGUUGCAAGACGCCGCCCAAGGUCAGGGGUGCCCCAGAGGCGGCCGCCCUCCCUCCUGUGCCCGCCCGGGCCGGGCCUUCUCCCCGCGGAGUCCCACCAGGGCUCGGUGGAGGUGACCGACCGCCGGGGGUCUCGGGUCCCCGAGCACACCGAGUGGCGCGCCCCCGGCCGUCUACUCCGAACCCGGCGGAGGGUGCGGGACUAGGCCUCGAGUUGCUGGGCUCAAGCACAGCCGAGCCGGGAGCCCGUGGCUCCUCCAGCCAAGAAAGGGGUCUACAGCGCCCGCAGCUUCGGAGGAGGCGGGGGAGAGAGCGCGGCCCCGGGGUCCCCCCCCCCCCCCCGGCAGCCCGGGGCGCACGGCCCGCACCCCAGCCCCGCCCACCUGCCCGGGACCCGGGGAGCGGGGGUGGAGAGGGGAAAGGAGCGGCGAGGGCAGCUAGCCCCGACCCGGGCGGCUCCCUCCUUACCUGCCCUCCGCCGCUGGGCUGCUUCACCAUCUACCUCGCGCCCUCAAAACACCCUCCGCGGCGGCCAACCUGUAAGACAGAGCCGCGCAGGGGUUACCCCGGCGGAGGGCCCGGGACCCCGGGUCCCCCUUGCCCCAACUCCCCUCUUCCCGUCUCCAGCUCUUCCCAGGAGCUCGGCGCGUUGCUCCUCCGGGUCUCCCUUCAUUGCACGAAUACUUUGUUUGCAAAGUCCCCCGUGCAUCUCCUCCCGAGACCUUGGCCUCGCCCGGGACUUGGGGGGCUUGGGGUGGGGUGGGGGUCGAGGGACGGAGUUGGGAGAGGGCUCGCUGCACUCCCCGGUGCACCCCGGAGGCGGCGGGGACUGGGGAGCCCCGCGCGGCUUCCCGGCGAGCGAAUAAAUCAAGCGAUUUACCUUGUCGGCGCGCUCGCCUCGCCCGGCUGUUUAGGCCCGGGCCGCCAAUCGGGGACCCGGCGCGGCCUGAGUGACAGCGCGCCGGGCAAUGGCAGCGCGAGCCGGGGUUACCUCCGCGCGCCCCCGCCUCCCCCGGCCCGCGCCCCCUCCCUCGCGCCCUCCCUCCCCGCGCGCCGGCCCCGCCCCGGCCGCGCGCUAACUCUGGGGCUCCAGCGGCCGAGUCCGCUCAGAGCGAGCCGAGGAGGGCGACGGCGCGCGCGGGAGUGGCGGGCGCCGAGGGGCCCCGGGCCGAGGGGGCCCCCGCCCUCGCCGCGCCCCGGCCGCGCUCCGGGGAGUGGCGCGGGGGAGCCGGGCGGCCGGUUGUGGCUGGGGCGCGCGCCGCCGGGGUGUGGGCGCGAGGCUCCGGGCCCCGGGCGCGCCGGCCCCUGGCGGUCCUCGCUGCGCCCCAGGCCCCGGCGCUGCCUCCCCGCGCCCCCGGCCCGCGGGCUCCCGGGCGUGGACCCUCCGUGCCCGGGGAGCCCGGCCGGGGAGUGCUCGGCGCCCCCGGGGCCCCCAGGCCCCGCCAGAGGUGUGCGCCAGCCCGAGCUCCUUCGGGGCCGUGGGGGGCUCAGGCUCCGUUUACGCGCGCUCACCCCAACCCCAGCCGUUCGGCUCUGGGGAAACUUUGUCGCUCACACUCGGUUUGUGCGCGCUCCGGCCCUCGCCUCCCAGGAACGGUGGGGUGGGAAGUGUGGCCACAGACCCGGCCCCUCGCCUCCCGUUCCCAGGCUAACGAGCGAGGCCUCCUCGAAGCCGCUCCCGGCUAGUUCGCACCGGCACACCCCAGUCCCCGCCGAGGGACCCGCUGGGGACGUCUACCUGCCGGGAUCUGCCAACGCGGGGGGGGGGGGGGACCGUUCCCGGCCCAGCCCCGAGCCAGGCCGGUCCCUUCAGGGACGCCUCUUACUGCCUCGCGGGGACCACGUCCGUGCCCUUCCCAGUCCCUUCUCCUCUACUUCACCCGCCUCACCCCAACAGGCGGGAGAAAAGUUUGAGGCUCAUCGGUGCCCGCGGGAGCUCGGCCGCCGGCGGGAGCAGGGCGCGGGGCGGCCAGAGGGAGGGCAGGGGGAGCCCGCCGAGGGAAGGGGGCCGCGGCCGCUCUUCAAAGUGCUGCUCCCCUCCCCCCGGCGACACUUUUCUUUGGAGCCCGAAUAA